AGCCGUAAGUCGUGGGAGGCCCGGGUCACAGAGUGUCGUGCUCUCGGAGGCGGGGCGAAGAGCGCACACCAUGGCCGGGCUGGAGCUCCUGUCGGAUCAGGGUUACCGGGUAGACGGUCGGCGCGCGGGGGAGCUGCGCAAGAUCCAAGCGCGCAUGGGCGUGUUCGCGCAGGCCGACGGCUCGGCGUACAUCGAGCAGGGCAACACCAAGGCGUUGGCGGUGGUCUACGGGCCCCACGAGAUCCGGGGCUCCCGGUCUCGAGCCUUGCCUGACCGGGCCCUAGUGAACUGUCAGUAUAGUUCAGCAACCUUCAGCACAGGUGAGCGCAAGAGAAGGCCUCAUGGGGACCGUAAGUCUUGUGAGAUGGGGCUGCACCUACGCCAGACCUUCGAGGCAGCCAUCCUCACGCAGCUGCAUCCACGAUCUCAGAUUGACAUCUAUGUGCAGGUGCUGCAGGCAGACGGUGGAACCUAUGCAGCAUGUGUGAAUGCAGCCACGCUGGCCGUGAUGGACGCUGGGAUACCCAUGCGGGACUUUGUCUGUGCGUGUUCAGCUGGCUUUGUGGACGGCACAGCACUGGCGGACCUCAGCCAUGUGGAGGAAGCAGCUGGAGGGCCCCAGCUAGCCCUGGCCCUGCUGCCAGCCUCGGGCCAGAUUGCAUUGCUUGAGAUGGAUUCAAGGCUGCACGAAGACCACUUGGAGCAGGUGCUAGAGGCCGCUGCCCAGGCAGCCCGAGAUGUGCACACUCUGCUGGACCGUGUAGUCCGGCAGCAUGUGCAGGAGGCUUCUGUCUUACUGGGGGACUGAGUGCCAACCACCCAUCUCCAGAAUAAAGGCCUAUUCCUCUGCUGAACACA